UUUGACGUCAGCUGGAGGCAGAGUCUGUGGCUGAGUCCACACAGUCAAAGGCCUGUGAGAAUCGGGUGGAUGCUGGCUGCUGCCGCCUCUGCUGCUGCUGCUGCUCCUCACGCCGCUCCCGCCGCCGCGGCCGCUGCCCAGGGCUGCGGAGCAUGGACUGUUAAAUCUUGCACUUCUUCCGUGUGAGCUCCAGCUGAACCCUCGCCGCCAGGAUGGGGAAACAGAACAGCAAGCUGCGCCCAGAGGUCAUGCAGGACUUGCUGGAGAGCACGGACUUCACGGAGCACGAGAUCCAGGAGUGGUACAAAGGCUUCUUGAGAGACUGCCCCAGCGGGCAUUUGUCCAUGGAAGAGUUUAAGAAAAUUUACGGGAACUUUUUCCCUUACGGGGAUGCUUCCAAGUUUGCAGAGCACGUCUUCCGCACCUUCGAUGCCAAUGGAGAUGGGACAAUAGACUUCAGAGAAUUCAUCAUAGCCCUGAGUGUGACAUCGAGGGGCAAGCUGGAGCAGAAGCUGAAAUGGGCCUUCAGCAUGUAUGACCUGGAUGGAAACGGUUACAUCAGCAAGGCAGAAAUGCUAGAGAUUGUGCAGGCGAUCUACAAGAUGGUCUCCUCCGUAAUGAAGAUGCCCGAGGAUGAGUCAACCCCAGAGAAAAGGACGGAAAAAAUCUUCCGCCAGAUGGACACCAACAGAGAUGGCAAACUCUCCCUGGAAGAGUUCAUCCGAGGGGCCAAGAGCGACCCGUCCAUCGUGCGCCUCCUGCAGUGCGACCCCAGCAGCGCCGGCCAGUUCUGAGCCCGCACCCACGAAUCCUAGAGCUGCUUGUGUUGUUCCCUUUUGAUUUUUCUUUUUAACAAUUUUUUUUUUUUUUUUUUGCCAAACAACAUUGAUGGUGAUGCUGUUCCCCCCACAGUCAGAUGCCCCUUCCUCCGAGCCGCCUUCAGCUUCUUUUGUCGUGGACGCUUCGUGGGAAUGCCCAGAGCCCCAACGCCUCGUGGAGCGCAUGGACCGUGCGUCAUGCACAGACUUUGUGGUGUUCGUUGUUCUGACGAUUUUCAUCGUUAUUAUUAUUAUUUUCUCUUGAUUCUAACGUCUCUGUUCUAAAACCGAAGACGCGGGGAGGCAGGAGAAGGGACCAAUCCGGCGCAGUGAUGCUACUGCAAGCUUUGAGGGGCUUGUUUGAAAAACAAACCUCCCCCCAACCCCCCACCCCCGGUCUGUUGUCACACAUGCCCCAAGGGUGACGGACCAGAUGUGGGAUCCCCAGCCUGAGAAUAAGGAACCUUCUGGGGCCAGGCUGGGAAAGGGGCCUGGAGAAUUCCCCCCGCAGGCCUGCCCCACCCCCUUCCCAGCAGGCUGUAGUUUCUAAGCUGUGAACAUUUCAAGAUAAAGUAAUAGUGGAGAGAAAAAGACGGCUCAGCUAUUUUUUCACAGGUUUACACUAGUUGAGCUAAGAUGAGUUUCUUUGGAAAGUGAUCACAAAUGGUAACUUAUAUUCCAAGACCAGACCCAUCUUGUUGCUUCUUGUGAUUUAAAAAAAAAAAAAAAAGAAUGCUGUAUAUAAAAUAUUGGGUAUUGCAGACCAAAUUAAGUGUUUCGCCUUGUUCAAAUGAAAUGCAUGUUUAGUGAGCACUAAUCCAAUCUUAUUACAAAAGACUGUUUCUGGUAGCUUAUUGUGAAGUAAGCCAAUUAUAAUGAAUGUCUAUGUCUUGUUUUAAAGUCAUAUCUGUCUUUGCACAAAUGCACCAAUCAGCAGGUAUAUUUUAUAUAUUCCAGAAAAGUACCAAGUCAUCCUGACUAGCCCAGACUUCAUGUUGAAUGUUUUUCCAGAGUAGCAGUGCCUGGAGAAUAGAAGCAGGGCAGGCUGAAGUGGGAACCAGCAAAUGGUGCACUAGACGGUUUAUCGUAUGAGAGAUGCGAGGUGAUAGGGGGCCCCCCAGCUCGGUGGUGGUAUUACAUUGGAGGUGUCUGAGCAGACUGACAUUCUGUAGACCUGGGAAAAAUAUAGCAUAAAUUCUCAGGACUUCCCAAUGGUUUGGUCCACAUGAAUGGUUAGGGAGUCAUAUCUGGGAGGAUGACUUUCCAUGCCCCAACUGGCCCUACGGAGUCAGGGGUUGGACAAUCAUCUGAUUCAUAAUGAAGAAGGCUUGGGCGAGUGCAUCUGUGAUUUUCAAGGCCCACUAUGGAGAAUCCAAAGGUGUUUUCCAUCACCAUGUUCUUUGACUGAAGAUUUCUAUUUCCAGAAGCGACAGCACAAAUUUGAGCUGCUGUUUGGUCUGGUGACCUCAGACACGCUCAUUUGAAUUGGAAAACUUGCUGGUUACAGGGGAGCCAUAUUCCAAUAAGCAGUAGGCAUGAGGAAACCCCAACACUCAAGGGUGUAGAUGGGGAGAACCUACCCCAAGCAAAGGACCCCAGUGAGUCUGUCUCCUGCCACACUACUUCCUGUAGACCCAGGACCACAGGAAGGUAGACAUCAUAACCACGAGGAAGAUGAUGCUGAGCCCACUCUAACCUCCAGAUUCUUGUGUAUUACUUGAAUCUACUUUAACGGGUGGCAAAAAUCCAAAUUUGUGUGGUUGGCCAACGUGAACCCAUUCUGCAGGAUGAAAUUUGAGACCUGGACUCCGUAAAAUAACUUUAAUCCUCCUCUGAGUGUCAGUGUCUCACCAUUGUUUUACACUGAUACUGGCCAAGUUCCUCCAUGGUCCCGGUGGGAAAAUCUAGUUUUGAAAAAUAGGGAAUUAACCUAAGACAUGGAGGGCAGAGUGAGCGAGGGGACCAAGCACCCCUAUCGAUAGUGUCCAGGAGGCACGCCUCACUCUCUCCCCAUCUUGAUUGCAGACCUGAACGUUCCUUUUAGUUCUCCUUAGAUGGUGGAGCGAGUUCAUGUCUGGGAAACCCACGUGGGCUCUGCCCUUGGUCGUGACAUCUUGCUGAACCAAACUCACUUUGUUUCCUAGAACCUAAAGCUGGAAUGAGGAGCAGGGAAGAGGGUCUCCAGCUCUUUAGGAAAGAAAACAAGAGCCAGACGCAUGGCUAAUGAACGCUGACUCGUUGGGAUAUACGGAAAUAGCCCUCAUCCUGGCCUGCCAUUGACCCUGUCUGUAUUUUCUCGAGGGUUGUUUUGCUUCUCCUCCUUCCUGGGAAGGCCUCUGUAGGACUAAUGCAAUGCACUCAUUUUGGCCAAGGGACUCUGCAGCACACAGAAAGCUGGAUGCCUAAAGGUUUAUGUCACUCCUGUGCUGGGCUGUUCAUUGUCAUUGCUGUGUUAAGGGAUGGAUUCUGCUCUGUCUGAAAUCAAGCCAGCCUGUGAUGUUCAAGGGACUGGAAUAAAGUGGUUUAUAAAUUGAAA